GAUCGUUCGUCACUCUUGCUUAACACGUCGACGGGACAAAGGAAGAAGCUCCUUACUUCUCUUCUCUCAGCAGAACUUCAGCAACUCACCGAUAAACCCCAAUCAUGAACGCGUUCACCUCCGCCAUCUUGCUGGGCCUCGUCUGUGGCGCCCUCUGCGGACUCCACGACGACGGCUACGGGGCGACCCGCCGCGGUUACCAUGACGACGACGCAUACGGUCACGGCGCCGCUGACGGCUACGCGAGCGGCCCGACGUACGGCACCCGUGGCUACGAUGGUGUCGCGCACAGCGGGCUCCGACACGGAGACGGAUACGGAAACGGCGGUUACCAACACGGAAACGGAUACGGAAACGGCGGUUACCAACACGGAAACGGAUACGGAAACGGCGGUUACCAACACGGAAACGGAUACGGAAACGGCGGUUACCAACACGGAGCACUUGACGCCGGUUUCCUUGGCAACUUCGGCGACCUCGGAGUCGGAAGCCUCGGUCUCAAGAACUUCGGCGGAGAAUUCGUCGACGUCGAAGGUUUCAACUUCAACCAGGGCCGCAGCGACGCCGCCGCCGUGGCACCAGAGGGAUCUGCUAUCCGAUCCCGUCCGGCCGUCGUCGGAGAUCGUCACCGAUCUGGAUCCGCGAGCCAAUACGAGACCAGCGCGGCCGAGAGAAGCGGAGCCGGAUCGGGAGAGGCCGGCGUCGCUAUCAGCGCUGCCCGCAAGGCUGAGCAGAAUGCAGCCCAGCAGUUCACGCAAGAGGCAGCCGGAGCAGGACACGCGAGGGCCGGAGCCGGAUACAGAUUCCAGAAGGUACCACGCGUCGCCUACCAGCCCGUCAACAUCGCCCCGGCGAAGGUACGCUUAGGCAAGACCGUGCGUCAUCCAUCCCCCCGCGGUGCUCCUGCUGCUCUCGCCGUCCGCGGGUCUCAUGCUGCACUAGCCGAGCACGCUGGACCAGCCGAGUACGUUGCACCAGGCCAGUAUGCUGCACCAACCGAGUAUGCUGUACCGGCUGCAUAUGGCAGACGCACAGCGUAUGAUGCACCCGCUAGGUACGCUGCACGCAACGAGUAUGCUGCACCCGCUAGAUACGCUGGACGCGCCGAGUAUGCUGCACCCAAUGAGCACGCUGCACACACCGAGUAUGCUGCACCUACUGAGUACGCUGCACACAACGAGUAUGCUGCACCCAAUGAGUACGCUGCACACACCGAGUAUGCUGCACCCAAUGAGUACGCUGCACACAACGAGUACAUCGUCCGGCAUCUUAAUCUUCAUGCUUUUCUGGCUUCCUUUCGCUUCAUGGCAUAUUUCGAUUUUCUAGAUUAG